CUCUCAGUUGCACGUCCGAAGUUGAAAGAGGGGGACGCAUGCAACUGUUUUCGAUAAUCGGCCGCGCGUUCCGUACGUGAAAAUUGGACAGUGCGCGUCGAGUCACGUCCGCGUAAAAACGGAUAUAUGCCCAGAAUAUUUAUUAAGUGGGUGGCUGUGCGUGACUUUACCCCGGCGACCAUCUCGCCCCGUAAAUGAUCGGUAGCGAAAAUGGGACAAUCGUUUGUUUUGUUAACUGAAAUCUGAAAGCUCCGCGACUAUUCAGCUUAAACGCAGCGCUGCAGUACUGGCGUUUAACUUCAUCCAAAGACAGAAAAAGUUAUAGUAAAGAAAAAACAGUGGUCGUGUGUGAGUGAUUAAAAUAAUGGAACUAUUUUGAAAACUUAACCUAUAAGUCUGGACAAAAAUGUGUGAAACGCGGGAACUUUUCAGUGGAACGGUUCUGGACUAAGAUUUUGUAGUUAAAGUGAGAAUGUUACCGUACCAAGCGGUAGCCAUGGACUAUGCGGUGGCUUCCGCCAGUUUCCACCACCACCAGCGGCCGGGGGGGCUGCCCGGAGUGAUGGGACUGUCGGGCCCGGGGCCCGGCCUCAACCCGGGCCUCAACCCGGCCUUCACCCAUUCCUGGUUCGUACAGACAAGCCCGGAUAUCUGUCGACAGCAACAAGCAUCCAACCAAUCGCAUCUCGAACCUGGCAUCCUCGAGCUUAGAAAAGAGAAGAGUCGAGAUGCGGCGCGAUCGAGACGUGGCAAGGAGAACUAUGAGUUUUACGAGCUGGCGAAGAUGCUGCCGCUGCCGGCUGCAAUCACCAGCCAGUUGGACAAGGCCUCUAUCAUCAGGCUUACCAUUAGCUACCUCAAGCUACGAGACUUCUCGGGACAUGGAGAUCCGCCGUGGAGUCGCGACCCGCCUCCCACUAGUAAAGCCCUUAAAGGUGCUCAGAACAGACGGUCGGUUGCGGGCAUGUCCAUGGAACUGUUCGAGCAGCAUCAAGGCACUCAUAUACUCCAGUCUCUCGACGGCUUCGCGCUCUCAGUCGCAGCGGACGGGAGGUUUUUGUACAUAUCUGAAACUGUCUCAAUAUAUUUAGGAUUAUCACAAGUAGAGAUGACGGGUAGCAGCAUAUUCGACUACGUUCACCAAAAUGACCACGCGGAGAUUGCGGAGCAGCUUGGUUUGUCGUUGGCCGGCAGGGGCGGUGGUGCCGGCCUAAAUAGUCCCGCCUCAGGAAGCGAGGAGGGAAGCCAGCAUGGUACCAAUAAUCCUGACGUGUCAUCACAAAUGAGUCUCGCGGCAAGCGGGGUAUUAUUCCGAGGUAUGGAUAGAGCCUUCUGCGUCCGGAUGAAGAGCACCCUCACCAAGCGCGGCUGUCACUUCAAGUCCUCUGGAUAUAGGGUGGUGUUGAUGCUAUGUCGUCUCCGGCCGCAGUAUACGUUCUCUCACAGCCGCAAGUCGCCGCCAGCGCUACUGGGCAUGGUGGCCCUCGCCAUCGCUCUACCGCCGCCCUCCGUUCACGAGAUAAGACUGGAGUCAGAUAUGUUCGUAACGAGGAUCAACUUCGACUUUCGAAUAGCGCAUUGCGAACCCAGCAGGGUAUCAGAGCUGCUGGGGUACACCGCCGAGGAACUGACGGGGAAAAAUCUUUACGCGCUCUGCCACGGUGAAGAUGCUAACAAAUUAAGAAAAUGCCAUGUAGAUUUAAUGAAUAAAGGCCAAGUGCUAACGCACUACUAUCGGAUUAUGAACAAGCUGGGCGGCUACACCUGGAUGCAGACCUGCGCCACCGUCGUCUGCUCAUCCAAGAACGCAGAGGAACAGAACAUUAUCUGCGUUAACUACGUCAUCAGUGGACGGGAAUACCCCAACACCGUAAUGGAUUGCUGUCAAUUAGAAGAAAGCGUACAAGGAGUAAAGCGCGAAGAAACGACAGGAGAUCCCGAAAACGGGCCGCCUGAUGCCGACGCGCCUGGAGCCCCGCCUCCGCCCACCAGACACACGACAGAGCGCAACGAAGCUCCGACCAACUCUGAAUCUGCUUCAACAGUUCCACCAACUUCGGAUGUUACGCAUCUAACGAGACUAAGCGACACACAACCAUUACCUCUGCACACUAACACAGAAAGAACGUCACCAAUGCCCGCUAGAAGACUGAAAAAGCGAAAGCAUACCACUGAUUGCGAAGAAGAAACAGAAAGAGACGAAGAGAGGCGGAAGAGCAAUUCAAAUCCCGGCACAGCCAUAUCGCCUGCCGAUAUGAGCAAAACAAACUUAGCGAUACCAGAAGGUGGGAGCGACGCCACUUCAGUUAGGGAUUUAGAGAAUGCGAUGUCCAAACAUUUGCCAUCAGUAGCCUUGGAUGGAAAAGAAAUUUCACACCGACCAACUGACUUUUCAACGGACGCCCUGCUAAAGCAACAACAACAAAAAUCCACUAUACAGUGGAUAGGAACACAAAAUCAUCACUUGAACCACCUCAACAGACAGAUACCUGGCAAUCAUACUCCGAAUCCUGCAUCAGCUUUACUGAGACAACUCUACGCGAACAGGGAGAGCGUAAUUCGCAGUAACUUCUUAGGAGAUGGAAGAGGUGGCGGAUAUUAUUCCAGUGACGGUCAGUCGGGACCACUUCCCACACCGCCCGGUAGCGAGGGGUCCGGCUAUGGAGAGCAAAUCGGCCACAAAAGUACCGAAAUUGGAUCUCUGGCUUACACGAGUUAUGGAGAUUAUCAUUCAGCUAUGACUCCACCCGGAUCAGUUUCUCCCAGGGAUAAGCAGCAAUAUGCAAUAUCUUACGAUAAUAGCGCCUACUCUGACGCUUUAAGACAUUCGUAUUUAGGCGAAGCUCCUUUACCUUUGAAGCCACAAGCAUAUUCUGCGGUGCCCGGUGCAUUGGAUUAUGCAUCUCCCUUGGAUCAAUCUCAGUUUUUCCAUCCACCGUCAUCAUUCCAUCUCUAUCAUCCUCAGGCGCACUCCGCACAUCCGUCUCAUCCUCAUCAAUCCGCGGAUAAAACAGCACCUCCAAAUACAAAUUGGUACUCGUCUGGGUCAUAGCCAUAUUAUAGAUAGUAGAUAUUGGGAUCCAAAACGUUUGCCAAAAAUGUAAGGCGUUGAUUCAAUUGUUUGAUUCACAUUUAUUGUUACUGACUCUUUUGUUAUCGUUUAUGUUUACGAUGUCUGGACUUUUUUUUAAUGAUUUACCCAAAUCAAAAUUUGUAAAAUGUGACUGCGGAUGUUUAAAAAAUGUUAUUGCAUGCCGAUAAUAGAAACAAUUCCUUAAAAAAUAUAGUAGAAUAAUUAUAAAAAUUAUUUUGAUAUUAAGUGUGUGCCAAAACUGGUACUGGGUUGCCAUUCGGCUUGAUCGCAAAACGUGCAAUUACUAAUAAUCUUAUGAUUGUGAGAUGUUUAAUGUUAUAUUGCUGAAUGUUUGCAAAUUUUGAUAUAAUUUACUGUGAAAGGAUUGUUAUCAGAAUGUCAUUUUAAUAAUGGCUACCGAAUUUGUCACUGGCAACUUUACGAUUACUAUCGACAAAGGUCAAUAUUGGAAGGAAUUUUUAAUCUGUGCAAUGUAUAAUGGAGAGAUCUGUUGUGAACAUAAAAUAACAACACCAAAUUUAUAACAAAAAACAUAAGAGCUAUAUUGUGUAGCUUGU